AUGGGUAUCGUGUUUACGCGGUUGUUUUCGUCGCUGUUCGGGAACAAGGAAGCUCGAAUCCUAGUAUUGGGGCUUGACAAUGCCGGAAAAACCACAAUUCUUUAUCGGCUUCAGAUGGGUGAAGUAGUCUCCACUAUCCCCACAAUUGGAUUUAACGUGGAAACAGUGCAAUAUAACAACAUAAAGUUUCAAGUUUGGGAUCUAGGUGGGCAGACGAGUAUUAGACCAUACUGGAGGUGCUACUUUCCCAAUACUCAAGCCAUAAUCUAUGUUGUUGAUUCAAGUGAUACUGAUAGGCUGGUGGUUGCAAAAGAAGAAUUUCACGCGAUAUUGGAGGAGGAAGAGUUAAAAGGUGCUGUUGUCCUCAUAUUUGCAAAUAAGCAGGAUCUUCCUGGUGCAUUUGAUGAUGCUGCAGUAACUGAGUCCUUAGAGUUGCACAAGAUUAAAAACCGUCAAUGGGCUAUUUUCAAAACGUCUGCCAUAAAAGGGGAAGGCCUGUUUGAGGGCUUGGACUGGUUGAAGAAAAAGUUACUUGGAAGGGGCAAAAAUUCUCGCUUGAACCAACUAUCUGCAGUUUCAGGUCAGGAUCCAAAAGAUGCAAAUGGAGGAGAGGAAAACAAUUAUUUGCAGAAUCUCAGCAGUUCUGCUCUGGAAAGACUUCAACUCCACAUGCAGCUUCAAAACCCUUUCUCUUUCUACAAUAAUCCUGUAUUUUGGCCCAAAUUGAAUCCCUUACAAGACAAAAUAGUCCAAAACCUCCCCUUUUUGAAUGAGAGUAAUCAAAGUAAUCUAAUUCAAGGAACUCCCAUCAGUCCUCAACAGGCUGCUGUAGAAUGCCGUACGAUAAGCAAUUUGAAGGCAGAUGAGAAUAAAAAUUCCGUAAAUGAGACUAAUAUUCAAGGCUCAAAUUUUGUGGGGCAAUUUAAUUUCACGGGAAUUGAACCUCUCUCAGGAUUUACUCAAGCUGAACUUGAUGAUUUGCUCAACAAUGAAGCUGCUGAUUUUCUGCCUACACAGAGUCAAAAAAUAGCUGAAUUUGAUUGUUUCAAGGAUAUGAAUGGAUCAAUGUACAACCUCGGAUGGUGGUCGAAUGAUUUUGUUGAUGCAAAUUCAGCAUCGUCCCAAUCUUGGGAUUCAAGCUUCUAG